CGACUGUUUUGGAGGCUGAUUCAAAAUGGAGUAGGUCUCGGAGAUACUCUUUAAACCGACUCAGGUUCACCUACUGUGUUCUCGUCUUCUGCUCGGUUUUUCACCUUAACAGGUUGUUCCUCGUUGUGAGAUUAUUACGUCCUGCAAGAUGUCAGAAGAAAAGAAGUCCGGCUCUUUGGGUUUCUUUUCCAGCUACGACGAUUUGAGCGACAGCAGCAACAGCAGCGACUCGGACGAGGAGGGAGAAAGUCGAAAGAAGAAAGCGGGGGCAGAAGCUUCGGGCGGCGGGGCUCAGUCCUCCUCACAGGGGACCAAGCGAGGGCCCGGCGGGGCUCCGUUACCCAGACCUGACGAGCUGUUCAACUCCGUGUCCAAGCCCGCCUUCCUCUACAACCCUCUGAACAAGCAGAUCGACUGGGACAGUCUGUCGGUCAAAGCGCCCGAAGAGCCUGCCAGAGAAUUUAAGCCAUGGAAGACGAAUGCUGUGCCGCCUCCUGAGAGCUAUGCUGCAGAGCCAGAGAAGAAGAAGGGUCCUCCUCCAGGGAUGGACAUGGCAAUAAAGUGGUCCAAUGUAUACGAGGACAACGGAGAAGACGCACCGCAGCCUUACACUGGCAAUGCCCGGUUCUUACCCGCAGAGGAGCAGCCCUCUGACUCAGAUGAGGAAUCUGAGCAGUCUCUGUCUGCCAAGAAACGGCGAGUGGAGACCUUCCAGCAGAAGGAGAAGAGGAAGAGGGACAUGGGACAAGCGACCUCUGACAAGAACUUUGUAGAAGAAGAGAAAAGGAUCCUCAGGCAAAAGAUCGAAUGAGACCCAAACUGUCAGCAGCCACGAUUCGGUUCAUAAUUUAAGCGUUGUACAUCAGCAGAGAACAUAGCUGGAUGCCACAAACAUACAGGGUUGUUUUAUCAAUAUGUUGACAUACUGUGAUUUGCAAUAGUAUAGUAUUUGUUCUGUUUUCAAAUGGAUGUAUCCACACAUGAAAGAAAAUUUUACUUCAAUGUUGUGUUUAACAAAGCUUUAUGUCACUGAGGAAACGGGCAAAACAUUAUUCGACAGUCGAGCUAACAGUCCUGAUUCUGGUGUAUUGCUGUAAAAUAUUUUGGGGAUCUUAGGACGAGAGUUGGUGUUUUCAUAGUUUUACUUACGAGUUCAGUUCCAAAGAUACAUUGAUGAUAAAUAUUGCUAGACACAGCUUUACAGCAUAUUCAGAGCACUGGCCUUUUUCAGUCAAGCAAUCUGAUCUAAGACUCAUUUAACCUGUAUAUCUGACUUAUUCUAAUCCUUACGACUUUGCACAGAAGAUUGUGAAUAAAUUCAUAAUAAGUAGGAAUGAAGACCAAAACUACAGAAGUAUUUGACUUAAAAUUAGGGUGUAAUCUAGCACUCAAAUAAUGUAUUUUUUCAGGGCUGAUACUAAUUAUUAGCAAUCACGGAGACCGAUAGUUAAUGUUUAUAACCAAUAUACAUCUGCUGUUAAAUAAAAAAUAGAAAAACAAUCUUAAACAAAAGCUUUUAUUUAUGUUUUACACAAGUUUAGCUUAAUCAGUGUAUUGUUCAAGGUUGUUACCUAUCUAACCAGUCAGACAGAGUUGUGGGCAGGACAUCAAGACCAGAGAUGCAGCUGCAUCAGAACCAAAGUAACACAUUUUAAAAUUUAUUUAUUUUAUUAGUAAAUCAGUUAAAACACUAAAGAGACUGAUUUUCAUAAAAAAAACAGUGAAUUUGAUUCCAAUCGUCUGCAAAGUCAAGAUAAUCAGUCGAUCCCUAGUUUAAUCUGCUGUGAACAGAAGGUCUGGUGAGUUCGCUUUGGCUCCUGUUUGUUUGAAUAUAAGUAACUAAAAUAACAGUGUUGUCUGGCUGUGGUGGUGUAUUUGGUCUGUGCUUGUGGUUUUUGUUGUAUAUUACUAAACACCUAUCCAGCACUGAAAUAUCGACUGUGUGCGUACCUUGUGUUAACUCAGUGACUUUCCUUUUAAAACUAGAUUAAGUAUAUUGUAAAUGUUUAAAUUUAAAUUUAAAAAGCUGCCUGUGCUUCCAUCUUAUGGCCACUAGAUGUCGCUCUUAAGCUACACUAGAACUCCCUCCCUCCAUGUUUGUAGUGAAGAGUGCCCUCAGACUGUGUAAAUGUUGGGAACCAACUUUCAACCAGGGUCUGUGUAUGUAUGUAGUGUUUCCUAAAAAAAACGAGGGCUGAACUUCAGUUUGGAAGUUUGUCUCAUCUCAGUUCUCUUGAGAUACUUGAUGCAUACAGACUGUUUAUUCAGACUCAUGUACCUUGUAUUACACUUUACAUCGGUGCUAAAAUAAAUAAAAUCAGCUUCCGAGGUUUACUGUUCAAGAUUAUUGGAACAUUUUAUUGUUUUAUGGACCUUUUCUUUCUUCCAGAAAACGUGUUCAUCUGGUGUAAACAGUGAUAUAGAGACGUUUAUAGUUUUGUUUCCAGUGAUCUAUUACUCAUUAUCUUCCACUUAGGCAAUAAAAAGUGUUGUGCUGAAGAG